AUGCUUUCGAAACGGGUGCUGAGGCAGAAGACUGCAUCGAUAUCUGCCCAGACACUCCUAUCAAGGCGAUGGCUUCAGCACGAUGGACGCAAUCGACUGAGCAACAUCUGGGUUCCAUCGCAGCGAGCUCCCGAUGACACGCAAUCCGAGAGUGGCCAUGACCUACUCGUACGAGCGGGUUUCCUCCGUCAGGCGCACUCUGGGAUCUUCCAUCUGUUACCGCUCGGGCUGAGAGUGCAAGAAAAGGUCGAGCGGCUCAUCGAUAAGCACAUGCAGAGCAUUGGUGCAUCCAAAGUUUCACUGUCAUCAAUCUCAUCCGAAGACCUGUGGCAACGUUCUGGCCGGUUGGACCAAGGUCGAACGUCAGAGUUGCUCCAUCUGGAAGAUCGUAGGGGCACAAAGUACUUACUCUCCCCCACACACGAAGAGGAAAUCACGACCAUCAUCGCCAAUGCCGUCCAUUCGUACAAAGAGCUGCCCUUGCGGCUCUACCAAGUCUCACGGAAAUACCGCGACGAGCUUCGACCAAGGCAGGGCCUGUUACGUGGAAGAGAAUUCGUAAUGAAAGAUUUGUACACGUUUGACGUGGACACGCAAGAGGCCCACGCAACUUACGACGAAGUACGAAGAGCAUAUUCCGCCUUCAUGGACGAGCUGAAGAUGCCUUACUUAACAGCACGAGCCGACUCCGGCAACAUGGGCGGGAAGCUCAGCCAUGAAUUCCAUUUCGCUUCAGAGCAGGGCGAGGACACGAUCAUCAGUUGCGACAAAUGCAAGUUCUCGGUCAACGAAGAGUUGUUCAUCGGCCCGUACGAUCCACGACAGGCGCCGCUGCCUUGGGAAAGCCAAAAUGCAGAAGCCGACGUUGAAAAGGAGGUUGCGAUCGAAUAUUACAUAAGCAAGGACAGGAACACGCUCUGCACAAUCUACUUUCCAGCCGAGCAAGUAGAGCCAAACAUCCACGCUGUCAAAGCCAUAUUCCCGUACAUCGACACUGGAAUCACUGGCGAGCAGGCAAGGGCAGCGUAUGAAGAGACUACCGGCGGACAAGGCCAAGCCAUCAGCUUCCAGGACCCUCGACUGUCCCUCCGGAAUUUCCGCUCCUCAACCAAUUCCGAACUCGUCGCCUCCAUCCGAAAUGCGCCGCUAUCUAGAUAUCAUGGUCAAGUCAUCCUACUCACCAAAGCUCAGCAAGGCGACACAUGCGCAAAGUGUCAAGAAGGCAAACUCAACCUCCAACAAGCGGUCGAGAUCGGCCACACCUUCCACCUCGGCCAGCGCUACAGCGAGCCGCUGAAUGCAAAGGUCUUGAACAAGAUGAACUUGAAAGUGCCCAUAGAAAUGGGCUGCCACGGCAUCGGCGUGUCCCGUCUGAUCGGCGCUGUGGCGUCUUUGCUCGCAGACCAGAAAGGUCUCAACUGGCCUCUCGAGAUCUCACCGUUCGAAGUCAUCAUUGUCCCCUCCUCAGAGGUCACGCCGGAUGAUGUCAACAGAAUGUACGAUUUGCUCACCAAGAAGCGAGGGGGGCUGAGGACUCUGGACGUGGCUAUUGACGACCGCGACAGGGGGCUGGGCUGGAAGCUCCGGGAUGCGGAUCUGGUCGGGUACCCGUUCAUCGUUGUCAUGGGCAAUCAGUGGCGGAAGAGGGAAGCGGUGGAGCUGCAGUGCCGGAGGCGAGGGACGAAGAUGAAUGUUGCGGUGUCCGUCAGUGCCGAGGAGCUUAUUGGCAGGAUUCGGGAGUUGUGUGAGCAGCUGUGA